UCAGGUCGUCAGCAUGGUGGUUGGCGCCUUCCCCAUCGCGAAGCUGGUGAUGUUGGGGGUGCGGCAGGUCAGUCGCCCGCUGGCCAACACCAUCAAGGCCAACGCCCGCAGGAGCCAGUUCUUCAAGACCUACAUCUGUCAGCCGCCGGCGCAGGCCUAUCACUGGUUCGAGAUGAAGAUGAAGAUGAGGAUGAUGGGGUUUAAAGGUGCCCAGGUGCAACCCCUGAACGAGGAGACUGCAGCAGAACUGGGCUCCGAACUCCUGGGGGAGGCCAUUGUCUUUCUCGUCGGAGGUGCUUGCAUCCUGGCUGAGUAUAUGAGGCAGUCCUCCAACAAUGCCAAGAAAGAGGAGGAGCUGCACAGCACACUGAACAGCCUGGAGCAGCAGGUGGCACACCUCGCGUUGACUGUAGAGGAACUGGAUGCGCGCCUUCGAGAAACUAAUCGGCUUGUUCUUUCGCUGCCUACUCAGACCACAAAAUAACCCUUGGACCCGAGAGGAAAAAUCUAUUGUCAGGGAUGGAGGCUGACGUGUUCAGACUGCUGCCACACUACCACGUGUGUAAUUUAAGGUGAAGGAUUCUGAGAAGCUGCUGCACAAAAGGUGUGAUUGGCCAUUUAAAUGCUCGUCCACACAUCGAUGAGGUCCUGUUUGUACGUGUGUGCCUGCAUCCAUGGCUGCAUCUGAAUGUUUCUUUCCUCUGUGGUCGCAGGUGGGGAGAGCAGCGUGUUUGACGCAAGCCUUGGGGCGGGGGGGGGGGGGGG